AUGCUGAAAUUGAAGUUUAUAGGGCUGUUCAAAGAGAUUUCUCCUUUCAAGAUGAUGGAGGAAUAUCCAACCAUUCAAGUCUCAAAGAGUGCACAUCUGCUAGAUUUCCUAUAUCACAUGAUUGUCCCCAAUAUAUUAGAAGGCCAAGAUACAAUUGAAGUUGAGUUUAAACAAGGAGAAGAAGAAGAGGAAGGAAAUGAAGAAUCAAAUGCUGACUUCAGCCAACUACCUUGGAAAACCGUGUCCAACCUUCCAGGAUUUAAGGUUCUGAAGCAACCUCUUGAGUACCUUUUCUCUCAAAAUGGAGGAGAAAGUGAGAAUUCAAGCUCAAAUAGUAGUCUCAAGAACAAGCCACCCUCGGUGGAGGAAAUCACUGUUCCUUCUGUUACAGAACUCUUGAAUUCGGGGGUUCGUUUUUUACCUACUAACGGAAGCAUAUUAAACAUUACUUUUGAUGCGAAAACAUGCACGUUUUACCUCCCCACAAUAGGUUUGGAUGCUAAUACUGAAGUUUUCCUGAAAAAUUUGGUUGCAUAUGAAGCAUCAGUUGCAUCAGGUCCCUUGGUUGUAACCCGUUACACGGAGUUGAUGAACGGGAUUAUAGACUCGGAUGAAGAUGCAAAGAUUCUCAGAGAAAAAGGGAUUAUUCUGAACCACUUGAAGAGUGAUAAAGAGGUGGCUAACCUGUGGAGUGGGAUGAGCAAGUUGUUGAGAUUGUCAAGGGAACCAUUGCUGGAUAAGGUUAUUGAAGAUGUUAACAAGUAUUAUAACGGUAGAAUGAAGGUUUAA